AUGGCUUCCCACUAUUAUCCUCCUCCGCCCGGCGCGGCCCAGGGUUCGCCAGCUCCUCCUCCAACACAGCAGCAAGCCCAAUAUGCGCCACCUCCGACCUCUCCUCCAGCGAACCGGACGCAGUUCUACCCUCCUCCGCCUCAAGCGCAAGCUGCGCAUGCAAUGAACUAUCCUCCUCCUCCCCAGCAAACGCCAUCUCCCAAUGCUCCGCCAUCGCCGUAUCAGCCAACGCCGAUACACUACCCACCUCCUCCUCAGCAGCAGCAGCAGCCGACGCCUUCUCCCCAGGCGCAAGCUCACCCUCAGCAAGCAGCUCACACGUACUAUCCUCCUCCUCCCACCUCUGCGCCGGCGCAGCCGCACCAAGUUCAGCAGCAACCUCCUCAGCCCACGCCUCCACAAUCACAGGUCCAAUAUCCUCCCCCGCCAGGACAGCAGACCAACUUGGCCAUGCGGCCCGCAGCAACUCCCCCUGUGGCAACUCCUCCUGCAGCAACUCCCCAGGCUCACCAACAGCACUUUGAACCGCCACCUCCGGCCGCUGUGCCCCAGGCCGAGAGCAGUUCAUACCCAGUCGAGAAGGAGCAACAGCCACAGCCUCAACAACAGCAGCAACCGGCGCAAGUCGCGCCAGCGAUGACUGUCUCGGGAGCGCCUCCGGCGGGUCAGUUCGUAGGUGCCCAGGCCACGUCCGAUGACGUCGGCACCUUCAACGGAGGUAGUUACCGAAUCAGCCAUCGAGAUACCAACACCAUCUUGACUAUUCAGCUUGCCAUGGGCUGUCCGAUGAGUGCUAAGCCAGGCGCCAUGAUAGCCAUGUCUCCCAGUGUCACUCUGAAGGGACAGAUCAAGUUCAGCGUCAAGAAGAUGAUCACCGGAGGUGAGAUGUCAAGCUCGACAUUUGUUGGUCCUGGUGAGGUGCUCCUCGCACCGCACAGUCUCGGCGAUGUCACCACGCUUCGUCUAACCGGUCAGGAGAAGUGGUCAGUCGGCCACGACGCCUAUCUUGCCUCGACACAGGGUGUCAUCAAGGACUUUAAGCGGCAAAGUAUUAGCAAGGCCAUGUUCAGUGGUGAAGGUCUGUGGGUGUACAAGAUCAGUGGCACAGGUCUGAUGUGGAUUUCGAGUUUCGGUGCCAUCAUCAAGAAGACGCUUGUCGAUGGCGAGAAGUACAUUGUGGAUAACGGCCACUUGAUUGCCUGGAACACCAAGUAUGUCAUGGAGCGCGUGGCAUCUGGUGGCAUCAUCAGUGGCAUGGCUUCGGCGGAGGGUCUCGUCUGCAAGUUCACCGGACCCGGUACCAUCUAUAUGCAGACUCGAAACUCGAGGGCGUUUGCUGCCUACAUGGGCGGACAGCAGUAUCAGGGGUAA